CCCACAAUAACGCGGCGCUAACGCCGAGCAAAAGGAAUUUUCAAUUUUGACAGCGCGUUAAGACAUGAAGUUGGGUGCUGAAAGCAGAAGUGAGAAAGAAAGAGGACAAAAGUAAGAAGGAGGAAAAGCAAAGACAAGGAGAAUUUGACAAUUUAUUUAAAAUAUUUCAUAUUUUACGCGGUCAAUCAAGAAGAUGGAUAAUUUGACAGAAAAACUAAUUGAAAUGGUUCAAGCGCACCCGUGCUUGUUUGACAAGAGGGAUAACCAAUAUAAUAUAUAUACGUCCCAUACUACGUCACAGGUUUCCAAAAUUAUACGCCUUGCUGUCUCCAGUCCAAUCCUAAACUUCAUCGAAAUAAUAUGCAGCGAGCAUCCGUGUGCUAAGUACCUAUGGCAAAUGAAUGUCGUAAAUGAAUCCAGCAAAAAUAUUACAAAAUACUUACUCCAAAGUAAUAAACAGCCUAUGUUCAGGCUCAAUGGGUUGCCUUUUCGAAUAUUUGCGAAGCCAUGGUUCAAUCAAAUUUAAAAGAGCAUCAAACUGUGCACAAGUCAUACGCGUUGUCUUGAAGAAAAGGUCUGGUUUUUUGUCUAUUAAAAUUUUCACACCUGAUGUGUAAAACCCAGACGUUUUUCGCGUUUUAAAGAUUUCUCGGUUCCCUUGCCUGGUAUUCUGUGAAAUCAUUUCCAAAAAUAGCAAAUCCUCCAGUACGUCGAUGGAGUCCAUUUUUUAGGUUAGGUUUUCUGGUCCAGCAAUGCUUGAACUUUGAUGUGCUGCUCCUGCGGUGGAAUUUACAGGAUCUAUUGAUCUUAACAAAAUUGCAAUUGUUUUUAACUUUAUAUUAAAAUGUGCACAUAUAUUUAUUGUAAUAUAUGUAUGUUACCAA